GCGUAGCCGGGGCUCGGGCUCGCUCCCUCCCCCGUGCCCUCCCCUGGAGCCGCCACCGCCGCCUCCGCCGCCUCCGCCGCCGCACACACGGAGACAUGUACCCGGGAGCCCCCUCCGCCGGACCCGUGCUCACACCUCCUCCCCCAUUGCCACCACCAAUACAGGGAUAUGCCUUUAAACCUCCUCCUCGACCAGAUUUUGGCACUUCUGGGAGAACAAUCAAGCUGCAGGCCAACUUCUUUGAAAUGGACAUUCCUAAAAUAGAUAUCUACCAUUAUGAAUUGGAUAUAAAGCCAGAAAAAUGUCCUAGAAGAGUUAACAGAGAAAUAGUGGAGCAUAUGGUUCAGCACUUUAAAACCCAGAUUUUUGGGGAUCGCAAACCAGUGUUUGAUGGAAGAAAAAACCUUUAUACAGCUAUGCCACUUCCCAUUGGGAGAGAUAAAGUGGAGCUGGAGGUCACGCUGCCAGGAGAAGGAAAGGACAGAAUAUUUAAGGUGGCUAUCAAGUGGAUGUCCUGUGUGAGCUUGCAGGCUUUACACGAUGCUCUUUCUGGCCGCCUGCCGAGUGUCCCGUUUGAGACCAUCCAGGCCCUGGAUGUUGUCAUGAGGCAUUUGCCUUCCAUGAGGUAUACUCCUGUGGGGAGAUCUUUCUUUACAGCAUCAGAAGGCUGCUCAAAUCCUUUGGGUGGUGGCAGAGAAGUUUGGUUUGGCUUCCAUCAAUCAGUCAGACCUUCAUUAUGGAAAAUGAUGCUAAAUAUUGAUGUGUCUGCAACUGCAUUUUACAAAGCACAACCAGUUAUUGAGUUUGUCUGUGAAGUUCUGGACUUCAAAAGUAUUGAAGAACAACAAAAACCUCUGACAGAUUCCCAAAGGGUAAAGUUUACCAAAGAAAUAAAAGGUCUGAAGGUGGAGAUAACACACUGUGGACAAAUGAAAAGGAAGUACAGAGUGUGCAAUGUCACCAGACGACCAGCAAGUCACCAAACAUUCCCACUUCAGCAGGAGAAUGGACAAACAGUUGAAUGCACUGUAGCUCAGUAUUUUAAGGACAGGCAUAAAUUAGUUUUACGCUACCCUCACCUUCCAUGUUUACAAGUUGGACAGGAGCAGAAACACACAUACCUUCCUCUGGAGGUUUGCAACAUAGUGGCAGGACAAAGAUGCAUCAAGAAACUCACUGACAAUCAAACUUCCACUAUGAUUCGAGCCACUGCCAGAUCAGCCCCAGACCGGCAGGAAGAGAUCAGCAAAUUGAUGCGGAGUGCGAGUUUCAACACAGACCCUUACGUCCGAGAGUUUGGGAUCAUGGUCAAGGAUGAAAUGACAGAUGUGACUGGCAGAGUCCUUCAGCCUCCCUCAAUCCUCUAUGGAGGCAGGAAUAAAGCAAUUGCUACACCAGUGCAAGGUGUCUGGGACAUGAGGAAUAAACAAUUUCACACUGGAAUUGAAAUAAAGGUUUGGGCAAUUGCCUGCUUUGCUCCCCAGCGCCAGUGCACUGAAGUUCAUCUUAAGUCCUUUACAGAACAGCUGAGGAAGAUUUCCAGGGAUGCUGGAAUGCCAAUCCAGGGGCAGCCCUGCUUCUGUAAAUACGCCCAGGGAGCCGACAGCGUGGAGCCCAUGUUCAGACACCUCAAGAACACUUACACUGGGCUACAGCUUGUCGUGGUCAUUUUGCCAGGAAAAACACCAGUCUAUGCGGAGGUGAAGCGCGUUGGCGACACGGUGCUGGGCAUGGCCACUCAGUGUGUGCAGAUGAAAAACGUCCAAAGAACAACACCCCAAACUCUGUCCAACCUUUGCUUAAAAAUAAAUGUCAAAUUAGGAGGUGUAAAUAACAUUCUACUGCCACAGGGAAGACCUCCAGUAUUCCAACAGCCUGUCAUAUUCCUUGGUGCAGAUGUAACUCACCCACCAGCUGGGGAUGGGAAAAAGCCUUCCAUUGCUGCAGUUGUAGGAAGCAUGGAUGCUCAUCCCAACCGUUACUGUGCCACUGUGCGGGUGCAGCAGCACCGCCAGGAAAUCAUCCAGGAUUUGGCUGCCAUGGUCAGGGAGUUGCUUAUCCAGUUCUACAAAUCAACGCGAUUCAAACCAACUCGCAUCAUCUUCUACAGGGAUGGUGUUUCUGAGGGGCAGUUCCAACAGGUUCUCCACCACGAGCUGCUGGCUAUCAGGGAGGCUUGCAUUAAGCUGGAGAAGGAUUAUCAGCCUGGCAUCACAUUUAUAGUGGUGCAGAAAAGGCACCACACCAGACUCUUCUGCACGGAUAAAAACGAACGGGUUGGAAAAAGUGGAAACAUUCCAGCUGGUACCACAGUGGACACAAAAAUCACCCACCCCUCAGAGUUUGACUUCUACCUGUGUAGUCAUGCUGGCAUUCAGGGAACAAGCAGACCUUCUCACUACCACGUGCUCUGGGAUGACAAUCGCUUCUCGUCGGACGAGCUGCAGAUCCUCACGUACCAGCUGUGCCACACGUACGUGCGCUGCACGCGCUCCGUCUCCAUCCCCGCGCCGGCGUACUACGCGCACCUGGUGGCCUUCAGAGCCAGGUACCAUCUGGUGGAUAAAGAGCACGAUAGUGCUGAAGGAAGCCACACUUCUGGCCAGAGCAACGGCAGAGACCACCAAGCACUUGCUAAGGCAGUCCAGGUGCACCAGGACACGCUGCGCACGAUGUACUUUGCCUGACAUGUUUUAAUGUUCAGCGGCUCCGGACAAGGCAGAGUUGGAUUCACACCAGACCAGCUGCACUUAGACCAACAGAUGCCCCACCCCAGGGACAGCCAGCAAUGAGUGAUGCAUCUUUAUUCCUUUCUUUCCCAUUUGCAAGGAAGCCUUCCGUCCAGAAUUUCAGACUUGAUCACAAACUGCAUUCUUGUACCAAACCCCACUGUUGUCAGAAAUGUGGUUUGCCAAAAAUCUCUGAGCUGCUUGGUAUAAAACAGACCCAGAUUUUAUAAUUAAAUCAAGAGCUGCAAUCUCAGGGCUUAGGGAAGAAAAACAAAAAAACCAAACCAACAACCCAACCCACAAAACGCCUCAUUCAGUUUGCUGUUCAUUGAGUUGCUUUUGAUAAUUUGGAAAGAUCUAAUUCAUACUAAGGUUUGAUGAGCUAAAACGCUGUGAAUCAGCUUUUAGUACAAAGGAAAGCAAAGCAUUUUUUGAGUAUUUAUGAAGCCUUGAUUAUUCUAGAUGCAUUUACAAAAAUAUUUUCAAAAGAAGAGCGUGACAAUUCUGGUUUCUAACUGUCUUAUAAAGAUUAUUCUCAGAUUAUUCUGUGUGUCUAAGGACAAAUUUAUUUUCUGAAGCUUGUUCUUGAAUGUUUUUUAUUGUGCUGCAUUUUAAAAUGUUUUUCAUAGACUAAAGAUGAAUUAAAAAAAAAAAAAAAAGAAAAAUAGUAAACCUGUACCUAAGCUUUUAAUAGCUCCAGUUAGAUUGGCAGAAGAAAAUGUGCCAUUUAAAAAAAUUUGUAAAGAUUUUUUUAAAAUCAUACUGACAGCUAACUUUAGGAUUUGUCAUACAGGACUGUGACACUUACUUUCCAAAGUCUCUAAAGAAUACGGGUCUGUGAUGAUAAAUACAGUACAAUCCUUUUUCACUGUUGUUUGAGUUAAUGUAAAUUUUAUAUAUGUUUCACAGUAUUAAUGUGAUAGACUAGAUGCUAUUAUUUAUUUUUAUUUACUAAGGAGUGCUCAUUAUACUUCUGUUAACAUAUCAAGAAUGCUUUGAAUUCAGAAAGUAAAAUCCUUUUUGUGGGGACAUUACUUUUCAAAUGCAAAAAAA